UGACGCAACGCUGUGCAGCCGUCGGUCACGUCGGCGUGCGACGAAGAAACAAAACAGCUUGGCAGAGCCGAGUUUAAUGAUAACAGGGAAAGAAAUUGUUAUUACUGAACACUUGAGUAUUCGUCUCAUGCGACAUGAUGCCGCAAAGUGUCUGUUCUUUUGCCUGUAACGUAGGGUUAAGGUUAAAGCGUAGCUAGUUCGCUAGCUUAAAUUAGCCACAUAGUUUCCCAGCCGACAUCUGUAGCCUGUAGCUAACUGGUUACUUCCCUUUUAAUAAGAAAUCAUGACACAGAAAAUCAGCCUGUGUUCAGCUUCUAUUGGAGUGGAGGGCAUGACUUGUGGGUCCUGUGUCCAGUCCAUAGAGCAACGCAUCGGCUCUCUUCCUGGAGUAAUACAUACAAAGGUGUCUUUGGAGCUGAAGAAUGCUACCGUCAUAUUUGAUCAGAGCAAACAAACUGCUGAGUCUCUGUCUGAGGCCAUUGAGGACAUGGGCUUUGAAUCAAGUUUGGCUGAAUCCAGCAAGACACUGCCUGUCUCAGUAGAUACCCAGCAAGUCCCUGUGUCAGGCCUGACACCUGCAGCCCAACAGGAGGCCUUGGAGAAACUCUCACAAGUUCAGGGUGUUCUGGAUGUCAGAGAGAGCCCAGGACAGAUGGGUAUCACUGUCACCUUUGUCACCUCCCUGACAUCUGCGCAGCAGCUGAAUGAGGUGGUGGCAGGCGUAACUUCUUUGGAGAUCCCAACUCCCAGCAGCCCUGUGCAAAAAAGCCCAAACUUAUCUCCAUCCCACAGCACAGGAGGUGGGGCAGCACUCCUGAAGUUGUGCAUUGAAAAAAUGACUUGCCACUCGUGCACCACCACUAUUGAAGGGAAGAUCGGAAAACUGAAAGGGAUUGAAAAGAUCAAAGUUGUCUUAGACACUCAGGAAGCUACAAUUGUGUACCUGCCUUACCUCAUCACUAUCCAAACCAUUAUCGACCAGAUUGGUGUUGCCGGCUUUAAGGCUGUUGUCAAGUCCAAGCCCCGCCCUCUACAGCUGUCUGCUAGUGAAAUUGAACGUUUUGUUGAUUCUCAAAAACUAACAGUUUCUUCGCCAUCUUCAGAGGAGACAGAAAUCUUCAUAGAUACAACACUUGUUACACUCAGGGUGAAAGGCAUGCACUGCCGUUCGUGUGUUGUCAAUAUACAAGACAAUAUCUCUAUGCUUCAUGGCGUCUCCUCUGUAGAGGUCUCCCUGGAAAAAGAGAAAGCCUCCAUCUGCUAUGAUCCUCUUAAGAUCACUGUACCUCAGCUGCAGAAAGCAAUUGAGGAUCUGCCUCCAGGAAACUUUAAGACUCAACUCUGGGAUUCCCCUGGUACUCUCAGUCCUUCACCCAGGCCUGCUUCGUCAUCGCCUCGACCUACUGGAGGAGUCCUGGCCAAAUAUGCCGUCCCCCAGCCUUGUUUCAGCCAGCCACUGGCAUCUGUAGCAAACAUUCACAUUGAGGGCAUGACAUGCAACUCAUGUGUCCAGUCCAUUGAAGGCAUGAUCUCUCAACGGAAGGGGGUAAACUCAGCCAAAGUCUCUCUUUCUGAACACCAGGGGAUCUUUGAGUACGAUCCCCUCCUGACAACACCAGAGGAGCUGAGGGAAGCCAUUGAAGAUAUGGGCUUUGAUGCCUUCCUACCUGAGACAAACUCACUACUGUCUCAGCCAGAUCCCAGUCUUUCAAAGUCAUCAAGUCUAGUACCUGUGAAAGACAAAGACCUGGACAGUGACCUGCACAAAGAAACACCCCAGGGACGCAAUGGAGAUGCACAUUCCAAAUGCUACAUUCAGAUCGGUGGCAUGACCUGUGCCUCCUGUGUGGCAAAUAUUGAACGAAACCUCAAGAAUGAACCUGGUAUCUACUCUGUUCUGGUUGCACUAAUGGCCAGUAAAGCAGAGGUGCGUUACAAUGCUGAUGUCACUGAUCCCAUGAAGAUAGCAGAGUGCGUAAAAGAGCUGGGAUUCACAGCUUCAGUGAUGGAGAAUUAUGAAGGUUCAGAUGGAAACCUUGAACUAGUGGUCAGGGGAAUGACGUGUGCCUCUUGUGUUCACAAAAUUGAAUCCAGCCUUAUGAAAGAAAAGGGGAUUAUAUAUGCCUCUGUUGCCUUGGCAACCAACAAAGCACACAUUAAAUAUGACUCCGAAAUUAUAGGCCCACGAGAUAUCAUCAAGCUUAUUGAGAACUUGGGAUUUGAAGCUUCUUUGGUAAAGAGGGACCGCACAGCCAGUCACCUGGAUCACAGCAAAGAGAUCCGACAGUGGCGGAAGUCCUUCCUGGUGAGCCUGAUUUUCUGUGUGCCUGUGAUGGGUAUGAUGAUCUACAUGAUAAUCAUGGACCACCAGAUGAGUGUUUCCCAUCAACACAACACCACAGCAGAGGAUCGCACCCACUUCCACUCCACCAUGUUCCUUGAGAAACAGCUGAUCCCAGGUCUCUCCAUCAUGAACCUCCUCUCCUUCCUCUUCUGUGUGCCUGUGCAGUUUAUUGGAGGUCGCUACUUCUAUGUUCAAGCCUAUAAAGCAGUAAAACACAAAUCUGCCAACAUGGAUGUGCUGAUCGUUCUGGCCACCUCGAUAGCCUUCACCUACUCGUUGAUUGUCCUAAUAGUUGCCUUGGUAGAGAAAGCAAAAGUCAACCCCAUCACAUUUUUUGAUACACCACCCAUGCUGUUUGUCUUCAUCUCCCUGGGACGAUGGUUGGAACAGAUAGCGAAGAGCAAGACAUCCGAGGCUUUGUCCAAACUAAUGUCUCUACAAGCCACUGAGGCUACAGUGGUCACACUUGGCAGCGACAUGUCUGUCCUCAGUGAGGAGCAGGUGGAUGUUGAGCUAGUGCAGAGGGGUGAUGUGGUGAAAGUUGUUCCUGGAGGAAAGUUUCCAGUCGACGGGAGGGUCAUUGAAGGUCACUCAAUGGCUGACGAGUCUCUCAUUACAGGUGAGGCAAUGCCAGUGACUAAGAAGCCUGGAAGCACAGUGAUUGCAGGAUCCAUUAACCAGAAUGGCUCUCUACUCGUCAGCGCUACACAUGUUGGCAUGGACACAACACUUUCUCAGAUUGUCAAACUAGUGGAGGAGGCUCAGACCUCAAAGGCUCCUAUUCAGCAGUACGCAGAUAAGAUCAGCGGUUACUUUGUACCCUUCAUUGUUGGUAUAUCCCUCCUUACCCUGGUUGCCUGGAUCAUCAUUGGGUUUUUGGAUUUCUCCCUGGUAAAAGAGUACUUUCCUGGUUAUGACAAGAGCAUUUCAACAGCUGAGGCAGUGAUUCGCUUCGCCUUCCAAGCCUCCAUAACAGUGUUAUGUAUCGCCUGUCCCUGUUCCCUUGGCUUGGCAACGCCGACAGCUGUCAUGGUGGGCACAGGAGUGGGCGCCCAAAAUGGCAUCCUGAUAAAGGGAGGCGAGCCACUUGAGAUGGCUCACAAGGUCCAGUCAGUUGUGUUUGAUAAGACUGGGACCAUUACAUAUGGUGCACCAAAGGUUAUCCAGUUGAAGAUAGUUGUAGAGGGUAACAAAAUGCCCCGAUCCCGACUGCUGGCCAUUGUAGGCACAGCUGAGAACAACAGUGAGCAUCCUCUGGGAGCAGCUAUCACCAAAUACUGCAAACAGGAGCUUGGCACAGAGUCUCUUGGCACAUGCACUGACUUCCAGGCUGUGCCGGGCUGCGGCAUUCGAUGUCAGGUCAGCAACACAGAGAGUCUUCUGAAGCAGGCGGACAGUGACAGCGAGGACAACAACCAGCGGAACAGUGUCCUCGUCCAGAUCAGUGACACCCGGAUGUCCUCCAGCUCCCAUCCACUCAUUAUGGACCCUCAACCACUUAGUCUUGUCCAGACAGCCACCUAUGUUGUCUUGAUUGGCAACAGGGAGUGGAUGAGAAGGAACUGCCUGCAGGUCAGACCUGAUAUAGAUGAAGCCAUGACCGAGCAUGAGCGCAGAGGACGCACCGCUGUCCUGGUAGCUGUGGACAAUAUGCUGUGUGCGAUGAUAGCCAUAGCAGACACAGUGAAACCAGAGGCAGAACUGGCAGUCCACACUUUGACCAACAUGGGUCUUGAAGUGGUCCUGAUGACUGGGGACAACAGCAAGACAGCACGGGCCAUAGCUGCUCAGGUGGGCAUCAGGAAGGUGUUUGCUGAGGUGCUGCCUUCGCACAAGGUGGCCAAGGUGGAGCAGCUGCAGCAGGCGGGAAAGAGAGUUGCCAUGGUAGGAGACGGUGUCAACGACUCGCCUGCUCUAGCUAUGGCCGACGUGGGCAUCGCCAUAGGAACCGGGACAGAUGUCGCCAUAGAGGCAGCAGAUGUGGUGUUGAUCAGGAAUGACCUGUUGGAUGUGGUUGGCAGCAUUGACUUGUCUAAAAAGACUGUCAAAAGGAUCAGGAUUAACUUUGUCUUUGCACUCAUCUACAACAUGGUUGGCAUACCUAUCGCUGCUGGUGUGUUCCUGCCUGUUGGUUUGGUGUUACAGCCGUGGAUGGGUUCUGCUGCUAUGGCGUUGUCCUCUGUCUCUGUGGUGUUGUCAUCUCUUCUACUGAAAUGUUAUACUAAGCCGAGUGCUGAGAAGUUGGAGGCCCGUCUUGGUAACAGCCGGCGGCAGGGCAGCCUGUCUGACGUCAGCGUUCAUAUUGGUAUGGGUGAGCUGCGGCGGCCUUCCCCCAAACUCAGCCUGCUGGACCGCAUCGUCAACUACAGCCGCGCCUCCAUCAACUCCCUGCGCUCCGACAAGCACUCACUUAGCAGCUUGGUGCUUAGUGAGCCUGACAAACACUCGCUGCUAGUGGGGGAGACGAUGUGUGAGGAGGAGUUCUGCUGAGGCAAAUGUAAAGCUCAGCAGUGAUCUGUGAAUGGCCAAGUAGAAAGUUACAGCAUGCAUUCAAGCCAGUGCCAGCCUAAGCUAAAAGAGUUCCUUUGGAUAAUGGCCCAUCCAUCUGCUGUAGGCGCCCUCUGGGCAGCACUGUUAACUUGGAGAAAGCUUGUAUGCCUCUUGUUGUCUUUUAGCUCAUCCAGCCGAUCACAUGCUCUUCAGAGCAAGCUGGUUGAUUCCCUCCUUUGCAGUAGCUGACUAUCUUUUAUUGAGGUCACUGAUGCCCUCGGGCUCAGUUUUAACCAAUCCUUCGACACUUUGAUCCUCUGACAGUGUUCAGGGGGAUGAAGCAUCUUUAGACCCUUGAAGCAGGUGUCCACAUCCAGGAGUGCAGAGUAACGUUCAGUUCUGCCACUGUGGUUGUUUGCAAAUACAAUCUUUAACAUCGAUCCAAAGACAUUUUGACAAUUGUGGCCCAUCUAAGAGUGGACACUACAGACUUAUAUUUUAACAAAUUUUCCUAAAUGGAAACAUAAUGCUCUUGUAUUGUUUUGUCCCAGAGUAUUUAUAUUACCCUUAUUUAUCUUUUUUUCAUUAUAUCUUAUGUGAGAAAUGAAGUUGUUGAAUCCAAAUGCCAAUAUUAAUUUUAAAUCUGCUAAACUGUAAUUAACCGUACUGUGUGAAGUAAGAUGAAGCUCAGUCGGUACACAAUGUCUUGUAACUUGUUGCAAACAGAUUUUAUGUGCUGAACGCUAAAGGAGUGAGUUGUAAAUGUCAGUUUUCCCAAGUGCCAUUUGAAAUGCCACCUUGGCAAAUUCCAACACAUUCCAAAGAUAGCACUGAGCGGAGGUUACCUUCAACUUAAUGUGAACAAAGUGUGAAAACAGAUAAGGUCAGCAAAUCAAAACUGAGACCUGAGUCCACCGGUCGACCAGAAACUUGGAAGCCAACACAUGAAAAUCACACUAGUGGAUACAUUUUAUUUUCUUUUUCAGAAAUAUAAAUAAAUAUUAAAAACUAUAGAUGUUUUCCAUGGUGGCCCUUUAUGUCCUUGAGGACUAUUUUGGACUUUGGUCUUGAUUUGUUUUAAUAUCUGUUAAUGAGUAUGAACAAAAUUCACUGUAGAAAACAGGAGUUGUUACAUUAAUGACAGUGUUGUUAUUUAGCUGCAAUUAUAAGGGUUUGUGCUGUGAAGCAGUUUGUUGUAUGAAAAGGCUAAAAUGUGUUUCAUCAGUGGACAGGAUGGUGUUACUAUUCCUAAGAGUUUGUGUGUCUUUUUCUGCUGCUGCAACUUUGCGUCUCUGCUUUUUUUUUUUUUUUUUAACUGAUUCACACCAUUGCACUUGAUCAAAGAACAUCUUUAAACCCAGGGGGAGCAGGAAAAGCAGCAGGAUCGACCAACUAAACACAGCUGCACGCCAGCACUUCUACCAAACAAGUUACUGAGAGACAAAUGAUGAUGAUUUUAAUAGACUAAUAAAAUCACAUUGUCGUGAUCAUCCUGCUACUGUUCAUCUGACAGCGCUUUAUUUAUCUUAUUUGAUUAUAUUUCACACAUCAGGAAAUAAUCACUACACUAGUUAUUCCUUGGCAUCAUUUUUUUGUCUGAAUUGCAAUUUUAAUUGACAUGCUUGCAUUUGUGAGUGCAGUUGUUGCCAAUCUGCUGUUCUACGUGCAUUGUAGAUGUUCAGAGGGCUUCAGAUCUGUGUGCAGUCGUGCUAAGCAUCUCUGUUGUAUUGUCACUUCCUCUGAACAUAAUGUGCCUUGGAAUUAAAGCGCUUUUGUAACCUU